AUGUCGAAGAAGGCAUUCCGUUGCCGGAAUGGUUCCGGCAACCUCGAUGUGUUCGAGGCCGCAAAGUAUUUCUCGGGCUACAACGGAGCAGCAAGCUACAAUUGUGCAACAUUAAUCAGCCAAAAGAUCACACGGGACGAGAGGCAGCCACCGAAAGGAGGUCGAAUCAGUUUGGACGUACCGAUGAGAAGAAACCCUCUUCUUCAACAGUCUCAUCCGCCGGAAAAACGAGUUAAUAAAGAGAAAAAACACAAGCAACCGAGUUCACCAGGUGGUCAGCUCGCCAGCUUCUUGAACUCACUUUUCAAUCAAACGCGUUCCAGAAAGAAGAAAAACUCGAAAUCCAGUACCACACAGUCCAUGAAAGAUGAAGAAGAAAGCCUUGGUGGUGGAACAAGGAAAAGGAGGAUGAGUUUUAGCCAUUUUCGUAGCUCAAAUACGGUCGAUACGAAGUCGUUUUAUUCUUCUUCGAGCUAUGGUUUCAAAACCACACCUGCAAAAAACAACAAAGGCAGUGAUCUGUUGAAUGAAAAAAAGCAUGACAAGUCCAAGUUCAUUGAUGGGAUUUUAGAAAAAUAUAAGAAUCUCGAUACCCAUCAUCGGGAUAUGAAUAACAGGAACGUUAGGGUUGAUCGGAAUGAAUCAGAAGAGAAAGGUUUCCGGAAGUUUGGUGAGAUCGAUGAUGGUGCAGAUAGUGACUCGAGCUCCGAUCUUUUCGAGUUGCAAAGGUGUGAUUUAGGCAGCUAUUCGAGUGGUUUGCCUGUGUCGUAA